AUGCUCCAGUCAACCUCAGGAUACUUAUAUUCCUGCUUUACGCAGCCACACAUUCCGCGUGUCCUCGAUCGUAUGGGUACACCAGCUCGUUUAGAGGCCACAUUGGUGCAUAUUAAGGAGCGCAAGAAGAGAUUUCGCUAUUAUGGCAGCACCUUAGCCAACUACAAUGACCGUAUUUUUAUGUAUGGAAGUAUGGGUGGCCCCAAGGGCACACGAUAUAUAGUUGAGAAGCAUCACCAUCGGGUGCAGUACUGCCACCCAGGGGAUCCCAAUAAUCGGUAUAACAUUCGCACAGUCCGAAUGGCGAACGCCCAGUUUGAUCAGUUGGGCGGUUUUACUCGCAUGAGAUGGGAUAACGCCAUUGGGAACACGAACGUCCUGCAGGACCAGAGUCUUGACAGAAACGCCACCUGUCUUCUCAAGCAGGAGGCUAUCAACCGUGUCGAAGAGUGGGGCGUUCCCUACAUCCUGCUGGACGAGAUGCGCAAGCCGUCCGUGAUGGAUUGUAAAUACCAUCGACACCAGCUCUACCCUUUGAAGUUUCGAUGGUCGCCAGACCCUGCGACAAACGGCCGUACGGGCGAUGCGGAUUGGAAAUGGCGUGGGGAUGAGCUUAUCCCCUACACAGAUUGCAAUGCCUCCUUGAAGGAUGAUAAAAACAAGUUUAGGUCUUUGUGGAUGGCAACUAGCAACGUGGAGCAAGAGAAGGUGGAGGGGGGGGUGGCUUUUAGUGCGUCUCGAAACCAUGCAUCCGCUGAAUCUUAA